GAUACAUAUAAACCUCCAUUCCAUGGUUACACGUGCUGUCUGUAGCACAAGUCUAAAGGAAAACAGUCAUGCCUGGGAUUCUGUUGGGAGACGCGUUCCCUAACUUUGAAGCAGAGACUACAAUCGGCAGGAUAAAAUUUCAUGAAUUUUUGGGAAAUUCAUGGGGUAUCUUGUUCUCACACCCACGUGACUUCACUCCAGUAUGUACGACUGAGCUAGCCCGUGCUGCGAAGCUUCACGAUGAGUUUAAGAAACGCGACGUGAAGAUGAUCGCACUUUCCAUUGACAGCGUGGAGGACCACCGCAAAUGGAGUGAGGACAUCGUGUCAUUUAACCAAGACAAAGCCUGCUGUCCCAUGCCUUUCCCUAUCAUAGCAGAUGACAAGAGGGAGUUAUCGGUCUUACUGGGGAUGCUGGACCCUGAUGAGAGGGAUAAAGACGGAAUGCCCCUCACUGCCCGCUGUGUGUUUGUCGUUGGCCCAGAUAAGAGGCUGAAGCUGUCCAUUCUCUAUCCAGCCACUACAGGGCGCAAUUUCGAUGAGAUUCUCCGUGUCGUAGACUCUCUGCAGCUGACGGCAACAAAGAAAGUGGCCACACCUGUGGACUGGAAGCCUGGUCAAGAAGUCAUGGUCAUCCCUUCUUUGUCAGAUGAAGAGGCCAACAAACUUUUCCCAGCAGGUUUUACCCUCAAAGAGGUGCCUUCUGGGAAAAAAUACAUACGAUACACUAAACCAUAACUGAUGUAUUGGGGAAAUACUGUAGAAAUGGCACUUAACUGUCACAUUUUAGUCCAGUUGAUGGGUCAUGUAGUCAAACUAAGAGAAUGCACCACAUCACCUGCUACUAUCCAGAGAGGGAAAUCAUCAGAAUUUAACAUCUUAUGUUCAUUACAUACAACUUAAUUAUUGUAUUGUGCCUUAAUCUCAAUAAAACUAUGAUCCUUUUGUAAUUUAAAAA